UCUGUAUCCUCCAUAUCCCCCUCCUCCUUCUCCUCCCCUCCAUUCCUCUCCCCCUCCGUGCUGGUCUCAGUCUUGAGGACUUGCUAGUGAAUCGGGAGAAAUAAACAGACACUGAACAGCGGGAAAAAAAGGACACAGGGAGUGAUAGCGUGCGAGAAUUUAAGACAUCUCCUCCCUCCCCUACCCCCACACUAUCUCUCCAUCUUCAUCCCUAGUCCUUUCUUUAAUGGAAAGAAAUUAUCCUGGUACAGGGUUCGGUGAUUUGGGCGCUGGUACGGGAUGGAGUUACGAGAGAUCGGCCAAGGCAAGCCUGGUGUAUGGAAGUUCUAGGUCUUCCCAUCCGGACUCAGAGCUGCUCCAUCGCCAGGCUUAUGGCACACCCCACCCUCUGCAGGGCUACGCAACCAAUCACCAUCCUGGCAGCUCUGGACAGGGCGGGGCAUGGGGGGCUGGGAGGAGUCUAGGGUUAUCUGGGCUGUUUGAUACUGGGCUACACCAUGCCAGUCCCUCUGGUCCAGACCCGUCUGUCAUGAACCUGAUUUCAGCACUGGAGUCCCAGGGUCGGCAGCCGCCCCCCUCAGCCUCCUCCCUCCUCUCCCAGUUCCGAACACCCUCCUGGCAGACUGCGAUGCACACUCAGCCAGAGCUCUUCAUCGGGUCUGGCUCCUUCCCCUCCUCCUCCCUCUCGGCCUACCAGCACCCAGCCUCCUUCUCUGGGCGGUCCUUCCCUGGCGCCUCGCUCUCCCUGCAGGACUCCCCCACCUUCAGCCCCACGUCCAACGGCCUCCUGUCCUCCCACGACCCCCUGCUGCACAUCAAGACGCCCUCCCAGUCCAGCCUGGGCUUCGACCGUUUACUCUCCUCACAGGGCGCCGCCUACCGUGGGUCGCAGGACCCCACAGGCCCACCACAAACAACCUCCUCCUCAUCAGGCCGCCACCUACCCCCUCCCCAGUUUAACCUGCUGUCCUCCCAGCUCCAGGACCAGUCCUCCCAGUUGUACAACGCCUCUGUGUUCUCAUCGGCACCCGCCCCGCCGCCACCCCAGCCACCCCAGGAGAGGGCCAUACCCCGGCAGGACAGCGUGAUCAAGCACUAUCAGCGCUCCUCUCCGGCUCAGUCGCAGCUCUCCUCCUCAGCCCCCCACCCCCUGCAGCACUACCUCAGCUGUGGGGCAUCGGGGUAUCAGCAGAUCUCCCACCACCGGCAUGGAGGGGUGUCCUGCAGCCCGCUGGGGGAGCAGAGCCCUUCAGCAGAUCCCAAACCCUCCCCCCGGUCAGAUCAAGUGUACCGCCCCAUCAUCCAGACCUCGUACACCUCCUCAGCCGCCUCCUCGUCAGGUGGAGGUCUAGGAAAGGGGGCUAAGAACUCCAGCUCCAGUAGUGGCUACUCUUCCUCGGGCUCCUCGUCAUCCCGAACCCCCCACACCCCGCCCUCAGCCUCCUCCACCUCCUCGUCCUCCUCAAACUCCAACCCUUCCUCCAGCUCCUCGUCGGCCCCCUCUAGACAGCAGCCCCCAACUCAGUCUGCACCCCCACCUCCCCCUCCAGUCUCCUCCGCCCCGGCCCAGCAGCCUCCUCCUAAACCCUGCCUGUCAGCAUAUGGCUCCCCUGUGGCCCCCGUCAAGCCCACUGCAGGCCUCCCUGGACAGACACCUCCCCAGCAGCAGUCCUACUCCCCCAGCCAGCCCCCUCCCUCACACCUCCCCUCCCACCAGCCCUAUGGGGGCUUCAGCUCCCCCCAGGCCCAGGACCUGACCUCUGGUACUGGGGGUUCUGGGAAAGGGUAUGGAGGACUAGGGCCAGGAGGCCGCUCCUUCUCUGCCGAGGUGGUCUACGGGACGGACUCAGGAUACGGCUCGCUGCCUACCUCCCUUGGGGGAGCGGGCAGUCCUUCGUUGGGGUAUGGUGGCCCAAGGCACUCCCCUGCCCUCCUGGGGUCUGGAGGGGGUGGAGGGUCAGCCGGCAGCGGGGCAGGGUCCGGGGUUGGUGGAGGUGGAUCAGGAGGUGGGGGUGCAGGAUCAAGUGGUAGCAGUGGAGCUGGAGGAGGCAGCUCAUACAACCUCCCUGACUCCAGCCCUUCUCCCUCCAGCAACUCUGGCAUCAUUCGACCUGGGCUGCACUCUCCUGCUCCCGCCCGCCCUGCCCAGUCCCCCGGGGGAGCCGGGGGUAACAAAUACCUCUCCUCCGUCCUCUCCCCUGCCUUCCUCUCCUCUCCGCAGGGUUACCCCGACACCCGAGGCCCCCAGCCUCAGUCCUACCACCCCACGCCCCCCAAACCCAAGCCAGACACUGACAUGCUGGGAGUGGAGCGCUCUCAAGACGAGGAGGAUGACGAUGACGAUGACUUCCUGAUCCAGCACUUGCUGCAUGCCCAGAGCCCUGCGCCACACCCGUCCCAGCACCACUCCCAGCAGCAGCCGCCCCAGUCCAUCCCUCAGGCCAGGGAUGGGGUCAAAGGUCUGGCCUACGACCUGAACAAGGCCUCUGAGGAGCGCUACCACCUCCAGAGCGUAAUCCGCACCAACAGCGCCACCAACAGCACGGGCCCCGGUACUGCAGGUAACGUCAGCGGAGGUGGCCUGGAGAGCCAGUUGGAGAUGUCUCUGAAGAAACAGCAGCAGCAGGCCAAGAACGAACGAGGGCUGUCUGGAGCAGGGGCCAGCGGAGGAAGAGGGGGGGCAGACUCCCUCUCACACCCCAACCCUCACGUCCCCUAUCCGCACCAACACGACUCCCUCGGCUCAGUGGUGCACUACGGCAGGGGCGACCCUUACUCCCAACACCCUCACUCCCAGCACCCCCACCAUCCCUCGCAGGCCCCCUCACACCCCCAACACACCCAGCACUCCCAACACGCCCACCCCCACUCCCACGCCCACCCUCACAUGGAGCUCAAAAAGCCUCCCGACCCGUCCGAGCUGCCAUACCUGCGGAAGACACCUGAACUGCAGCAGCAGCCCCGACAGUCCCAGUCCUCUCUUUCCCUCAUGGACUCCCCCCCAAAUCAGCCCCAGCAGCCUCCCUCUGGCCACAUGCUCCAGUCUGUACUGUCCCACACUACCCGCAACAAGAUGGACACCCAGCAAGCUGCUUCUCAGCAGCAGCAGCACUCCAUGAGUCAGCAGGCCAUGAUGGGGGCAGGUGGAGAGGCAGAGCCUGGGGGACAAGCGGGGGUGGAUCCCCAGCCCCAUUCUCAAUCCCAGCUGCAGCUCCAACUCCAGUCCCAGGCUAUGGAGGCCCACUACAGCCAGAGCCAAGCCAGCCAGAACUCGGUAUCUCCGCUAGACAUGCUGGAGCGCACCCUGUCUCGGGCCAACAGCAGAGACAGUGGAGGGGCCGUGGAGAGAAGUGGGGUAGGGGGAGGAGAUGGGGGCAGUAGUGACGGACACAGACAACAACAACAGCAGCAGCACAGGCUGCCAUCUCAUCACCACUCCCAACAAACUGCCUCCAAGCUUCACGACUUCCUCUCCGAGCCAGAUCUGGGCAUAACCACGCCCUCCCACCUGCACCACCUCAACCCACACCACCCCCACGUCCAUCACCAACAGCAGACCCACCCGCACCACCCCCUCCCGCACACCCAUGCCCACCCCCACUGCCACCACCUGGCGACCAACGCAGGGCCGCAGCAGCAGCAGCCUCCGCCCCAUCAGAGGGACCAGGAGCCCCAGCUCUGCCAAUCCCAGUUGGACCAGCUCAAAGAGCACCAGUUUGACACCGUGAGCCCCGUGGGGAAAGCGGGCCAGAACCAAGGCCAGCAGCAGCAGCAAAGGUUUGUGCCUCUGACCUCCAUCUGUUUCCCAGACUCCCUCUUACAGGAUGAGGAUCGCUCCUUCUUCCCCGGCAUGGAGGAUAUGUUCUGCUCUGACGACUACUCCAAGUCAAGCUGCGCCGGGGGUCCCGGGGCAGGCCAAAGGGUGCAGGAAGGUAUGUCUGAGGCACGUGGACAGGGACCAGACAGCAUGGAGGACGUCAAGACCAGUGAUGGAGGAGGUGGCUAUGACAUGAUGGGUCACCAUGGCGACCAUGGGUAUGGGUACUGCCACGGCCUCACGGAAACAGAAAACAGCACCAUGCAUCUGGACCUGGACUCCCUGAAAACCCACGAGCUCCCCUCCACUGUGAACACAGAGCAGCUCGGCCUCAUCCAGUCCCAGACCCCGGGCCUUGGCUUGGGGGGUCCAGGGGGAGUUCCUGGGGAUGGCUCCGCCAACAAGAUGAUUGGAGGUACAGGCGUGGGCGGAGGUUCCGGUCUGGCCGGGCUGACGUCGCCCAUCUUCUGCUCCUCCCGACCCAAGAAGCUGCUGAAGACCAGCUCCUUCCACCUGCUGAAGCAGCGCCGCGACCCGCAGCCGCAGGCCAAGAAGAACUACGCCCAGGAGUACGAGUUCGAGGACGACGAGGACAAGGCUGAUGUUCCCGCUGACAUCCGCCUGAACAGCCGGCGGCUCCCUGACCUCCUCCCCGACCUGGUGUCCAGCUGCAGGAAGGCUGGAGGAGGGGCCUCUGGGGUGGGCUCCCUCAGCCCUCUGAUGGGCGACCUGGACUUCUGCCACCCGUCCGGCUACCCCUCCCUUGGCCCCCCUCCCCAGCUCCUACCCCACGACGGGCCCAAGAAGAGGGGCAGGAAACCGACCAAACCCAAACGUGAGGGGCCGCCUCGGCCCCGAGGGCGCCCUCGCAUUCGCCCGCUCCCGGAGCCGCCCUACUGUAGGGGGCUGAUGGGAAAUGUAGGCGGGGAGACCCGCAGGGGUCGUGGGCGGGGUAGGGGGCGUGGCAGGAAGGAGGAAGGGAUGAUAGAGAUGCACCGAGACAAAGUACCCGACCUCCAAUAUCAGCAACAACAACAGCAGUUCCACCAACAACAGCACUUUCAACAACAGCAGCACCAACACCAUCACCUCCAACAGCAGCAGAAUCUACAACCUCAACAUCAACAGCAGCAACAGCAGCAGCACCUACAACACCUUCAUCAACAACAACCACAGCAUCCACAGCACCAGAAACUUUUCAAGCCUAUUAAGAUCAAGCUGCCUAUCCCCUCUAUGUCUCCCUCGGACUCCUUGCUGAGGACAGACUCUCUGUCCAGCACCGACCCGGUUCUCUCUGACGGGUCAGUGGGCUCGGCCCCCUCCCUGGGCCUGAGUCCUGGACCCACCGCUGGGAUGGACAUGAACAUGACCAGGAGCCAGGAGAAGAUGAAGCAGAAAGCUCAAGCCCAGGAGAUGACGUGGGAGAGGGACAUGGAUGAGCAGCUGACCCCAGAGGCCUGGGCUGCCAUGCAGAAGCUCUCCAACACGACAGAGGACAAGCCCCCGGAGCUGAAGUCUAAUUUCAUGGCCUCCUUCCUGGACUUCCUCAAGACGGGGAAGAAGCAGCCUGAAUCUGGACCUGGUGGACCACAAGACCUCGGAGGGCCGGUGGAAGGAGCUGAAACUACAGACUCUUCCUCCCUGAAGGGUAGGAUCCUGUCCCCGCCUCCCCCUCCACUGCCCCCUCCUCCACCCCCUCCGUUUGGGGACAGUAGCGAGGACGGGCUGAGCCCCUGCAAGCGUCUGGACGACGAGCUGAAGAGGAACCUGGAGACGCUGCCAUCCUUCUCCUCCGACGAGGAGGAGGACUCUGUCAGUAAGAACCAGGACCUGCAGAAGAGCAUCUCCUCUGCAAUAUCUGCCCUUUACGACACGCCCCAUUCGCUGGCUGCAACCGUGGCCCCGCACCCUCCCAGCCCAUCUCCGCCCCAAAGCCCAUUGCUGCCACCAACGCCGCCACUCGUGGCCCAAACGCAGCUGGACUUGGCCGAUCUGGAGGAGCAGGACGAUGACGUGGAGACACACAUGCAACUUCACAACACGCAGGCCAACGCACAGCCAAAUACACCGUCCCCAGAACAGGUUGGACUGAAUGGAAUGGACGGAGAGGACGAACAACAAGUGGAGAUGGAGGAAGAGGAGGAGAUGGAGAAGGAGGAGAGGGUAAAGGAAGACCAGAAUGUAGAGCGCGGGGGUGUGGAGGAAGAGGUAGAGGAGAGGGAAGAGGAGGAGGAGGGGGAGGAGGAGAGAGAGCCUGAGUUUGAGAUGCUGGAUGCUCCUAAAGUGGAAGAUUCUCCAUCCAGGCCUCCCCUCGCCCCCACAGCCCCCCUCUCCCCCCAUCCCUCUCCCCAUCCCGUCUCACUUCUUCCUCCCAGGAGCAGCAGCAGCCGUCCCCCAAACAAACCCACCACCCCCACCACAACCCCUCUGCCUCUCCUCCCCCCAGCUCCUCUCCCCCCGACCCUGCCCUCUCCACCCUCCCCUUCCCCUGCAAUGCCCCCCUCCACUACCCCCCCUCCCUCCUCCUCCCCUCCCCUUUCGGAUGCUCCAGAGCUGGCCCAGCCUUCCUCCUCGCCCUCCUCUUCCCCACCCUCACCCCCCACCCCUGAGGAUGCGCCAGCCCCCAAGAUCACCUCUCUGCACCUGGCCAAAAAGCAGGACAAUGCGGCCAUCGCUGGAGAGAGCGAGGAGGAGGACAGCGAGAGUGGCGGUGAGGGCAUCUUCCGGGAGAGGGACGAGUUUGUGGUGCGGACUGAGGACAUUGGCACGCUCAAGAUGGCCCUGCAGACCGGCCGUGAGCCACCGCCCAUCUGGAGAGUGCAGAAAGCCCUGCUGCAGAAGUUCAGCCCCGAGAUCAAAGACGGACAGAGGCAGUUCUGUGCCACCAGCAACUAUCUGGGCUACUUUGGCGAUGCCAAGAUGCGGUACCAACGUCUCUAUGUCAAGUUCCUGGAGAAUUUCAAUAAAAAGGAUUAUGUCCGUGUGUGCUCACGGAAACCCUGGCACAGACCUGGACUCAUGUUGAGGCGUCAAUCACUCCCAUCGCUUCCCAAGCCACCUCCCCCUGCCCUCAGUCAAACUCCACCCCGAUUGGAGCGAGAUGAGAGGGAGCGGAAGGAGAAAGAGAAGGAGCAGAAAGAGAAGGAGCAGAAAGAGAAGGAGCAGAAAGAGAGGGAGCAAAAAGAGAGGAAGCAAAGGGAAAAAGAGAAGGAGCAGAAAGAGAGGGAGCAGAAAGAGAAAGAGAGGAAACAAAAGGAAAAAAAAGAAAAGGAGCGAGAAAUGGAAAAGGAGAGACAGCGAGAGAAGGAGAAGAAGGAAAGAGAAGAAAAAGAGAAGAGGCAUCCACCACCUCAGGAGAAGGUGGAGAGAAGGAGCAGUGAAGAGGACCGAAAGAGAGUGAGGGAGGAGAAGAGAGGAGGAGGAGGAGAUAAGAAGACAGAGCGCACGUCGAGGGCGAGGCCCGUGAAGGCGGAGCCUCCACCCAAGAAGAGGAAGAAGUGGCUGAAGGAAGUCCCCUCUGACUCAGACUCCUCCCCCGAUGGGCCGAGUGAGGACCAAGCCCCAUUGAGAGGGGGGGUGAACAGUCGAGCCAUGAGGGAGAUGUUCAGGAGUUACAUAGAGAUGCUGGUCAGUACGGCACUAGACCCCGACAUGAUUCAAGCCCUGGAGGACACAGAUGACGAGUUGUACCUCCCGCCCAUGAGGAAGAUUGACAGCCUCCUCAACGAACAAAAGAGGAGACUGUUAAGGAGAAUCAACAUGAGUGGCCAACACCAGGAGACUCUGCAUAUGUUCCCCAAAAUGACGGCGGACCCCCUGGACUCUGGAGUGGUCAAAGUGCACCUCGGCGGUGAGUGCUACAACCGUAAAACCCUCAACUGCAUCAAGAAGAGCACCACGCCCAAACAGCAGGACCUCAAGCUGUCCACAGAGACGUGUCGUGUCUAUAGCCUGUAUCAUUCCCUCCAUCACUACAAGUAUCACACCUUCCUGAACUGCAAGAAGGAGACGGACAGUAUAGAGCAGGCAGCGGAGGACCCUGGUCAGGAGGAGGUGGUGCAGCAGUGUAUGGCCAACCAGGACUGGCUGGAGACCCUCUUCAACUCCUUCAUCGACCUGCUGACCCUCAGCACCAAAACCUGAUGAGGGAGGAGGGGGCCGUGUCCGAAAUAUUACCCUAUUCCCUACAUAGAGCACUACAAUUCCCCAGGGCCUAUAUGGAGAAUAGGGUGCCAUUUGGAAAGCAGAAUGUGGGUUGGAGAAGGGAGGGGAGGGAGGAGGUAUACAGUAUUUGGGAGACAAAGCAAGAGAGUUGGAGUGGAGAACACUGGACUGUACCAAGAUGGAGAGAGAGGGGGGUUUCAGACCCUACCACUCUAGUUCUUGCCCAGCGAGAAAGAGAGAACAGGCUAUGUUUGGUCUGUGAGUACGGUUGAGUUUUAACUUAAAAUUGAUGCUACAAUGAACUGUUUUUAGCAGUUUUUUUUUUUUUUUCUCUCACAAAGUAUCUCUUGACUAAAGAAAAGAGAAGGACUGAGGAGGAGGCGGAGUGAAAAUAGUGAAUGUGUGAAAGGGUACGACGUCUGCCACUUGACCUGAACGGGGAAAGCAGGAGACCACCGUGAAUCAGUCAGCACUACAGGAAAGAUUGCGAUCUACAUCCAAACAUGCACGGGCACACACACAUACACACAUAAAUACACACACGCACACACACACCAACAUACAAACACUAUAUAUAUACGUAUAUGUAUUAAUAAUUAUGAUUUGUAUUAUUUAUACAAGGAAAUUACCCUCCCUAGCUGGGAUUGUUUGCUGUUGUUAUUUUAAAUAAUGUUUUUUAUUAGGGUAUACAUGAAAUGGCCUAACCGAAAUCCUUUGCUCAGUCCCCCUUUACUGCUGAAGGAAGAAACGAGUGGAGGGGAGCAAAACUGAGGUGAAGGGAGGGAGGGGAGAGGGAGGUGAGAGGAGUGUGUGAUGUUCCCUUUUUUCUGUCUGCCUAAAUAAAUUGUGAGGGGGGAAAAUGUAUUUAAAAACUAAGCAAACUGUGUUCUUUAUGUUUGUUCUUCAAAAGACAAUGAGAGCAGAGUUUACACCUGAAGUUAAUAAAUUAAAAUAAAUAUCUGUUCGCUUUCUAAAAGAAAGCACUGUGGUUUUAGGGAGGUGUAACGGUUAAAAAGCGUAUAAAAUCUGUGUUGACUGUUUUUAUUUGAUCUGUUUGUUGUUUAUGAUAAUUAUUAUUUUUGAGGUUUACCUAUUUGUUCAAGCUCUUUUUUUCUCUGUAAAUAUUGUACAGUUAUUUCAGUCUCUAAAGCCCAGUUCCUCUUCUGUACAUGAUAUUCCUGUAUUUGACAAAAGCAAAUAAAAAAUUGAAAAUGAUGAAAAUGACGGGGAAAAACAA